GGUGGGAAUUUCGAUAUUUCUAGGUCAGUUAGUGUUAUAUGAAAUGGUACAAUCUAACCAUAGUAUCUUACCUAUUAUUUCCGCUUGUGAUGAGUCUUCUACAGAGCAAAAAGCGAAAAAAGAUCAUUUCCUUUCAUCGCGUAAUAUCUUUCACAUUUGUUUCAUAUCAGUGAUUGUUCUGAAGUUAUAUGGAGAAUAUUUCACUAGUACAUGAGACAUCUUGAAAAUCAGUUCUUAUAGAUAUUGUUCUGGCAUUGUGGGGAUACAUUACGGUCCUCUUCAUGAAUUCAGAGUUACAGACAAGUAAUUUCAAUACUUCCCAGUUAGCAUUAGCCGGGACCCUAGAGACAGUUUCGUAGCUCUCCUGGCAGUUUCAGGAACAUAUAAUUCUUUCUCUGAAGUAGCCUGGAGUCCUUCGGGUGCUCCGAGGGUCCCCCGUGCCUAUGCUAACUGGGUUGAAGUUUUGCUUAUGUAAUACUGUUGUAGGUUUUUUCGAUAUCUCAUACCGGAAGAUUUGCAUUCCUUUGUCCGUCGUUUCACUCUCACAUCUAGGUUUAGUUCAAUACUCUUUAUGGAACCAGGGUUUUUAUAAUGUUUUCGUAUUUCAGCCUUCUAGUUCUGUAUCAAGUCUACCACUGACUUUGUGGUAUAUUUUCAUCUCCGACUGCUCUUUAAAACUGUUAUCGAUAUCUAUUAAAAGUGUAUGCUUGUUAUGCCUGUCUAAAACACUUGAUUGCUACUCUAUGGGUUCAUUACUCUGUUUUUUGGAAUAUAUAUUCUUAUUCCUAAGACACAUACCACCUGGGAUUCUGUGGAUAUAUUUCCUGGUAGAGUUAAAUUGGAAACUACAGGGCAUCUUAGCUGGGAGAAUAUUUGUAUGCUUAUUGUACGUUAUUUUAAAAGUUUGCAUAUUACUUUCAUUGUGUAAAGAGUUUAUGAAAUUUUCACGUUCGAUGAUAUGUACAAAACCAUAUACAAUUGAACUGCAGGCGCCAUCGAAUGAAGUGUGUAAUAUGUGCCUUGAAUCUUAUACUCAUGUCGGGAUUUUGUCUUGUAAUCAUAAAUUUUGUGCUAAAUGCACAACACGUUGGUUUAAUACAUUUACUAAAUGCCCGUCAUGUAAUCCAGAAUGUGGUGAAAAUUCAAGAUGGCGGAGUGGAUCGAUGGAUUUAUUUAUUCAAUUUUAUUAAAACUCAGUGUUAUCCUACUUUUGUGUAUUAAUUUACUAAUUUUCCUUGCCAGUUAUUCUUGUUAAAUGAUUAAGAAUAAUGUUCCAAAGACUUGUUUGUAUUUUCCUUUCUAUGUACUUAUUUAUUUGGAGUAAAAAAAUAAUUAAUUGUAAUUGGCUGUGAAAAAAGUUGUAUGUGUCUUGUCUAUUUUAUAAAAUAGUUAAUUAUUCAUGUUGUACCUACAUGAUAACUUGUAAAUUAACUCUAAUUUUUUGGAGGAAAAAAUGAACCGGAUAUUUUUUGUCCUGUUCGUUUAAUAAUUAUUGACAGUAUUAUCUAUUGUUAUUUCUCGAUGCUUGUUUACAAAUUUCCUUUUAAAGUUGUUUUGUAAUUUUUUUAUCAAUAAAUAACUAGACCUUAGUUU